AUGGGAUCUAUCAUUCGCAACCUUUGGUCUUCUGAGAGCCCAGGGCCCAGAACCGUUGUUCGAGUCCUUGAUGCUGCCAUCGCUACAGUGGGCAUCAUCUGUAUAGCAGUGGGAUCCAAUUACCCAGCUUCUGGGAUGAUAUAUUACAUUACACUCGGAGUUGCAGUAAUCUGGUCAACCCUUAUUUCGUUCCUCACUCACAACGACCGUCUCUUCCAUCCCGGGUUCCUUAUUGCAAUGGAUUUUAUGCUCGCAGUAGUGCACUAUGUCUUUGGAAUUGUCAACGCCUUAUCUGCAGACACCGCUGGAUAUCUGCACACUGAUGCAAUUAGGGCAACAUUCCUGCUUAUAACUGCGGUUAUUCAUACCGUUUUCUUUGUCCUGGCCUGUCGGGAUACGCAUGUUCGACGACGGUCGUCUGUUGCGGGAGCUCAGAAAGUUGGAAUAGAGAUUAAUACUGCUUGA